GAUACUAAAACCGCAUUCCCUCUUCGUCCCUCGCCGCCGUCGUACCGGAACAGAGAGUGUCGUACCCGAGGAAUUAAUAAGGUUGUUUUUUUGUAUUACGUGAGGAAAAGGAGUAAGGAAAUAGAAAAAGAUGGAUGUUGAAAUGUUAAAGACGCCAUCUGGAAUCUUGAAACUAUGGGAAAUUGCCCUGAACAUCAUCAUCAUCAGCGUCACCAUGGGGGUCGACUUGUUCUCCUUCGGCAGUAUUGGCAAGACUUUCUUCUGUGGUGGCGUGUACAUCAUGGCCCUGGUGGUGUCAUCCCUGCUGUUCCUCACCUACCUCAGGGGCGGCGCCAGGGACCUGCAGAAGACGACCUUUGAACUGAAAGCGAACUUUGUGACGGCGUGCCUAAUGGUGAGCGCUGCGGGCCUCACCAUACACGCGGGGAUUCAAUAUGAGGACCUCCUGAAGAAGAAUGCUGACGCAGGGAAGGCUGCUGGCUCCCUGGCGGUGUUCAAUGCCUUACUGUACUUCGCUGAUGCUCACUUUGCCAGGAAGAAUUUAGAGUAGAGGUGAUGGUGAACCUGGUGGUGUCAGUGUUGAUGGUGGCUGCAGGGGCGGUCACCAUACAGGCUUCCUUUCACAUCACCUUCCCUGACAGGACCCCCGCUGAGGCUGGCAAGACGGGAGGCUCCUUUGCUCUCAUCAACGCCGUUUUCUAUGGUAUUGACGCUUACUUCGCCAGAUUCAACGGGGAGUGAAGUGUCUUUUUUUCUUAUUAAAGGUUUCUGACGUG